AUACAGACAUUUAUAAAGUCAACGAACUUUAAAUAGUUGCAAAAACUUAUCCUCGUCCAGAAUACUUGUAAUUCGUAUAAAAAAUCUAACGAGUAGCGUGACGGUGUAAAAUUUCUCGAAACUAGUUCGUGAAUUUGAACUCGAGAUGGAAAUCUCUUUGUAGGCAAGCAAACAGCGCACGGUAAUUCAUUUUCCGGGUCUCCUAGACAAGUGCCACGCUACAUUCACGAAUAUAUGGAUUAUGUUACCGGUUUAAUUCCAAGGUUACAGUUACUACUGUACCUAAAUACUUACUGAUAGGCAAUGACGAUUGCGAGCGAUAACGCCAUUGUUUUCGGUCUUAUCGGUUCUUAAGUCACGUAUACCAUUUCAUAAUACAGGUAUAUUUACAGUGCGAUAGGAAUUUCAACUGAAAAUCACUUACAUAAUAACUAUUCAGAGUUGUAGCCUAAUUUAUAAAGUGGAUUAUAAGUUUAUGAAUCGUGUGUUAAUGUUAAAGUGAGUGUUAUUAAGACAGUGGCUAGUUAGAUAUGUUUAGUUGUUUUUUAUUUUUGACUUGGCUGUGGUGAGAGAAUAGUUCUUACAAUGUUCAACAAACGGCUCAGUACCAGCAGCAGUAAUACUAAUUCUUCAGGAAGCUCUAGUCUGCGGGAUAAGGCCAGGUUCACAGACACCAGUUGGCAGAUUCAUCGAACCUGGUCCCGUAAUGGCGACCCGCUACCGCACUCGCCGGCGCCUGUGCAAACCGAACCAACUAAACAAUCCGCUAUCACUAGCGCCGAACAACGAGAUGAUCAGAACGGAAUAUAUGACACCAUAACGACACGGGCGAUCAGUGCUCCGGCCACACCGUCCGUGACAACUUUCACGAGAGAAUACGGUGGUGGCCCUCGAUCUGUGAGCUACCCAGGCAGUGGCAAUGGGUCGGCAUCAAGACUGGACCUGUGCUAUGUCGCAGAGCGGAUGCUGGCCUUACAUCUGCCCCACCGUGACGCUCAAGCUGAAGCCCAGGCCGCGCACAUGCUGACAAACAAACAUGGCGAACAUUUCAUGGUGUUCGAAGUGAGUGGUAGUGAGGGCUCCGGCGACGGGCGCGCAGCUCGCGGAGUCUUCGGGCGUGGCCGCUCUCUGGGCUGGCCCGGGGACCUGGCUCCCCCGCUGGAGCGCCUGUGUGCCGCCUGCAAACAUAUCGAGAGCUGGCUCGCAGCACAUCCCAAGAACGUCGCCAUACUGCUGGCAUGGGGCAACAGAGAACGCCUGGGGGUGGUUGUGGCGGCGUAUAUGCACUACUCGGCGAUAUGCGGCGCCCCCGAACACGCCCUCGAUCGCUACGCCAUGCGACGCUACCUCGACGACCGCGUGCCGGUGUUUUCGCUACCAUCUAAUAAAAGGUACAUCGACACGUUCGCGGGGCUCCUGGCUGGUCAGAUCCGUGUAAACUCCGCCCCGCUGUACCUCACCCACGUGAGUGUCGCUGGCUCGCUGGCAGCCACCACCGCUCCCACUAUCGCCUUCCUCAAGAUCUACGAGAACUUCACCUGCGUCUACACCUCAGGGCUGUACAUGGUGAAUGGUGGCGGCUGGACCGCUGGCGUGGGUCGACUGGCACUCCGUGGCGACGUGCUCGUGCGCGCGUACCGCCGGCCUGCUACCGCUGCGCCCUCGCACGACACCCAGAGGCACCUGGUGUUCGCCUGUCAGUUCCACACAUGCGCCGUCGCCGACCACACGCUCUCCUUCACUAAGCUCCAGCUAGACCACGCUGUGCAUGAUCCAUCAUUUCCGAGUGAUGGUGCGGUAGAGUUGAUAUUCGCUCGAGGCGAUGGUGCGGGGGGCGCAGCCCCUGCCCCCACUCCGGCAGCCCCCCUCCGCGCUGCCCCGGACGCGCUCGCGAGAGCGGACUCCUUGGAACACCUAAGGCCGUUGUCUGCGAUCACCGAUGAUGACACAGGUGAUAAUAACGGAGGCGACGGGUCCGGGGACGUUGAGGGAGCAGAGGCCGCCCAUACGUUUGGUCCCCUGGACGGCUCCAUCUACGCGACCGUGGUCCGCGCCAGCGGUGGAGCGUCGUCUCCGCUGAGCGCGUCUAUGGACUCGGGCAUCUCGUCGGCAGGCCGGCGUGCCGCCCCCAGUCCCCCCGACGAGCUGGACGUGCUGCUGGGGGACAUGCUCCGGACGGUGAGCGCGCUACCAGACCCGCCGCAGUCUUGCGCCGACCGUCCGCCAGACAUACCGUACCACGCGCGGGCCGACUCCGCGCCCUUCACCUACGGAGCGCCCGGCCUACGCCCCGGCAUGCUUCGCGCCUCCAACCGCCUGGCGAGCCCCGAGCUGGUGCGCCGGGCCCUGGGCGACCGCACCUACCACCCCAUUGAGGACGACGACGAGCGCACCAUCACCCCCGACCCCGCGCCCCGCACCCCGCUGUCACCCAGGACGUUACGGAAGCUGACACACGAGGAUGUCACUACUACGACCACAACUGUAUCACCACCGAAAGAUACUUCACCACCGCGGAAUGGAAGAUGGACAAAUGGCGAUGCAGAAUGGAUAGAGCGGGCGCCCAGCACUCCGCGCAAGGUACCAGAGAACAUUGACACGUGGAGGACGACCAGCAGCUUGAGUUGGAGAGAUAGUUCGCGGAGCCACGAGCCCAGACGGUCGGAGAACGGAACAGAGAGCACCUCGGGCUUGACGUGGCUGCAGAGACAGCAGCAGAAGUUGAGGGAGAGGAAGGAGGCGAGAGAAAGAGUCGCCCGGUUGCCACUGGAGUGGGAUGCACCCUCCCGACACGUGCGACGGUCAGCCAGCCAUCGAGUGGACGGCUACACUAGCGACACCACGGCGUUCGCGGACGACGAUGAAGACUUCAGCGUGCCCCUCCACGUCAAUACCAGGACUGUACACAGGACCGACAGCGUCAGUCCUCAGGCUCCAGACAGGAGCUCAUCUAAAAAGUUCAUGUACGAGAAGAUGACGAUGCGCGAGUGGAGUACUAGCACCGCCCCCCGCACCACCGCCACCCUCGGUCUCUUGUCGCUGGCCGAGCCGCUCGACAACGACGUCACCAUCCGCGAGCGUUCAGAGAGUUGGUCGCGAGCGGACAGCCGAGCGGAUAGUCGAGCGGGUACGCCAGCCUUCCCCACUCAUCCGCGCACGCCAUACCCGCCGACGCCAACACCCUCGCUCUCCGCGCGUCCACCUCGCUCUCCACCCUCUUCAAGGAAGGAUCGCGAAGGCAGCCCUGAAUCUGAAUACCGCACGUACAACGGCAGCACCAGCUCCCGUCGCUCCAGCCUGAGCGGCUCCGAGCUGCAGCACGUGGCUCCAGAGCGCGUGCGGUUCGCGCGCGACACAAGCCACUACUGGUACAAACCGAACAUAUCGAGAGAUGACGCAAUUUCCGCGCUGCUGCCGUUAGAGGAGGGAUCGUUCAUCGUGCGUGACUCCAACUCGUUCCCGGGCGCGUUCGGGCUUGCGGUGCGGGGAGGUGGAGCGGGGGGCGUGCGACACUUCCUCAUCGAGCCAACGGCGCGCGGGGUUCGUCUACGCGGCUGCCCCGACGAGCCUGUGUUCGGCUCACUGUCCGCACUCGUCUACCAACACACGGUCACGCCGCUGGCAUUGCCAGUGCCGCUCAAACUACCUGACAGGGACCCAUGGACUGGUGGGAGUGCUAACGCAGCAGCCCGCGCUUUGUUGUCGACGGGCGCGGCCUGCAGCGUUCUGCUGCUGGGGUCAGAGAACACGGAGGCCCUCACUGGACCCGCGGCGGUCAAGCGAGUGGUACACAGCAUACUGCAGAAGAAGAGUCCUGCCCACGUGAUACACUUCAAAGUGUUUGGAGGCGGCAUCACCUUGACUGACUCAUCCCGGAAGCUGUUCUUUAGGCGGCACUACCCCGCCACCAACAUAUCAUACGCUGGCCUCGACCCAGACGAGCGCAGAUACACUUACGUGGACAAUGGAAAACAGUCUGAGAAGCGUAUCUUCGCGUUCGUAGCUCGCUCCACCUCGGGCACUGACAACCAAUGCCACGUGUUCGCCGAGCUGGAGCCAGAACAGCCUGCCACCGCCAUCGUCAACUUUGUGAACAAGGCUUUGCUUGGAAAUACACCGAAACGGGAUAUGAUUUAAGCAUCGCAGCAAUGACGCGGGGAGAGAAGAAGCAUCGCAUGCUUUGUUCUACAUAAAUAUGUAGAUUCUAAAGUAAACCCACAACAAGUAUUCGAAGUGUCAAACACAAUAAUAAAAGCUAACAUGAAUGGAUACGGUAUCAGUUAAAUAUAUAACUGUACGAUGAUAUAUAUUUUGAUAUAUAAUAUUUAUUAAUUUAUAAAAAUUUAUUCCAUUUUUAUUGUUUUGAACUUGGUUUCUGUGAAUUAAUGAUUUAAUUAAUUAUUGUUAUGUGUAAACUAUAACUUGUAUCAAAGAUUUAAUACGCUUCAUAAUCAGCAAGUACAAUUUAAUUCUUAUGAUAUAAAUUAAAUGUAUUUUAUAACAUCUUAGUGUAAGACAAACUAACUAGUCUCAUUAUUGUUUAACAUAGUUUUAGUGAUAUAUAACGUGCCUAAUUCGUGAAUAUAAUAUAUUCGAUAGAUUACAUCCAUGCUUAGGGUUGCCAACUUUUAUUACAAGAAAUAGAGUAGGUAUAUCUGAUUUCAAAGGAAGUAAAUAUAGAGUACGGACUUCCAAAAACAGAGUACCAUUUAUUUUAUAUUUUCAAAAACGUUUUUUGUUUGUACUUUUUGCAGCACAUAACAACUUUUCAUAGUUUUUAAAAUAAAUGGUAUGACACCUAUUUUUUUUUAAGAUAACGGGUGUGAUAUCAUAAAUAAAAGUUAUAUCUUUCCAAAUUAAAGUUACAUUUCAAUGACGUUCUAUACACAUAGACAUUGCACAUCUUACAAAAUCGAAGCCGAAAUAUGACACAUACCACAAAUGACACCAUAGUAAGCUUCGACUGUUAUGUAUAUACAUUUAUGCGUUUACUCCAGUUGUUUAAAAUAUUAUUGGUCAAUAGGCAGCAAUGUAAACACUUUUUCAAUGUAAGCUGCGUAUUUUGAAUUUAGAACCCGAUUUGAACGGUGACAUCAGUGGAGUAGCAGUUAGGUAUUUUUUUAUCGAGCCCAUAGAAAAAGACUGUUGCUAUAAGUUUAAAGUUUGUCAGUCUGUCCCUUUUUUCUGAUCAAGAUCUGUUCAGUCGGAGGUUUUCACGUUUUUAAUCAAAACUCACACUCAUAAAGGUGAAAGUUUGUAUGUUUAUUUAUUAGUUUGUGCGUGUAUUUGUUACUCCUUAACGCUCUAAAUGUAUCUAAUAAUUAAAGGUAACUAACCUAUAAUUAGAGAGACAUAAACUUAAAUAUAAUAUUUUUAUUCACAUAAAAUAAUUACUGACACUUGUUAUUAAGAUGUUACUUCCCUGAAAUCAAUUUAAAUGGGGUGAUUUAACAUGACUGGUAAUAGUAUAAUGUACAUUAUGAAAAAAAAAAGAGUAUUUUAGUAUACUCUAUUAUUGUUAAGGAUCCAUAGAGUACGCCUUUAAGAUAUAGAGUACAAUACUCUAUUUAAGAGUACGGUUGGCAACCCUAUCCAUGUUAUUCGUUGUAGGACUAAUUAAGUACAGCAUGCUUAUUGUCGUGGUCUGUGUUUCUUGCUGUUUAAUGUACCCACAAUCUUGAUUUAUGAUUAGAUUCUAGGCCAAACGACAUUUAAGUGGUUGAUAAAAUAUCGUAAUGAGGGGUGAAGCUAUACGUUACUAAACAAUGCAAUAUUUAUAUAUUAGUGUCCAUCCGCAGUCUUUUAAAUUUAGUUAAAUGGCCUUUAAUCCGACCUACUUUGUUCUGCAAGAAUAUUUCAUAUUAAUUAAUUACACGGUCGCAAUGAUUUUAAAUUAUCAAAAAUAUCUCCAUCACACAUUAUAUAAUAAUAAGUACAAAAAUAUAAAAUAUCGUCAUGAAAUUACUUCAUUAGUGGUAUAGGGAUAGAAAAGUUUAUUUCGAGUGAAAUAGCAGCACAGGGUAGAAAUUUAAGAUGAGCGGCUUGGAGAUAGAAACUAAAAUGCCUUACCGUGAUUUAUAAUUAGAUAUAUUAUAGUGAACUAAACAAAUACCCAGUGUUUUAUAUUAAUAGUAUGUCUGUUGUAAAAUGUGUUUAUUUGGUUAUAAUAAAUUCAUUUAGUAAUUUA